ACACACACACACACACACACCCGCGCUCACUCUUCGUCUCAAGAUGAUUCGUGCAUCAUGUCUCCUACUUCUAGCCGUAGUCUCUCUGGGCCUAGCCCACGAGCCUAAGGGCAUGCUGGCUGGGAUGUUGUCGGCAUCACCCGAGGGCCGUCCAAAGAGAGAUGUGUCCGUGCAGGGACUGACAGAGGCAGAGAAAUCAAACCUCCUGGCCCGGCACAACAUGCAUCGCGGUGAUGUGUCUCCUUCUGCAUCCAACAUGGUCGUACUUCAAUGGAACGACGAAAUAGCCAAGGAUGCACAGGACUGGGCCAACACCUGCAUCUGGGACCACAACCCAAGUGAAGACCGUGAGACAGACCAAUGGGAGUGGGUUGGCCAGAACCUGGCCAAGGGAUACGGUUAUACCAUGUACCACUACGUAGAUUCGUGGAACGAAGAGAAGGAGUAUUACAAUUACAACAGGGACACAUGUAAGACAGGCGAAUCUUGUGGUCAUUAUACUCAGGUCGCAUGGGCAGAAACUCAAUUCAUUGGAUGCGGCUGGAAUAAAUGUGGAAAGUAUGAUCAUCUGGUCUGCCACUAUGGCCCUGGAGGUAACUACAGAGGAGAACGACCAUACGAAGAAGGGACGUCUUGUAGCCAAUGCCCAUGGGGCUACCGUGGCGGAUGUUCUGACAAGCUGUGCAAAAUGAGUUAAACUGAUGGAUGACAACGGGAAGAGAUUUGCCGCCCUCUCACGAUCACCCGAAGCAUCUAUAUUGGUGAAAAUCACAAUGAAUGAACAGUGAUAAAAAAUUAUAAUUAUACAUGUAUUAUCAAAUCCAUGGUUGCAUCGAAUGAAUGGAUAUAAGGGUGUCUUGUCCUCCUUAAGCUAUUAUUUAAUCCUUAUCUGAGAUCAGAAAACUAAAUAGAAUCAGUUAUAUUGUUUCUUUUGAUUGUGAGUUCGUUUAACUACUUGCUUUUUAAUCUAUAACAAGAUCAACAAGUAAAAUAUUGCUAAAGCUGGAAGUACUCAGAGGAAUCACAUUUAUGAAAGAUAAACCGCUUCAGUUGUAUUUACACUCUCUGUUCUAACUAGUUUUGUUGUAUCAAAUGGAGGAAGAGGGAUACCAUGCUUUAAAUCAUAAAUAAUUGCAAAACACCUUCAGUAUAAUGAUCUGAUGAAGGCGAGCGCUUUCAUGUUAAGAUAAGCUAACAUGAGUCAUUACUUGGAAACUUCAACAGAACUACCAUUAAUAAGAUACAUGAACCAUCCGUUGGUUUAAAAAAGAAGGAAUGACGUCAUUUUCCAAGACAGAACUCCCCUUAUCUCUGUUCAUGACCAAUAUCUCUCUGUUUGAGGUUCGCCGUACUUUUGAAUAAAGUUGAUACAACCUUAUUAAACUGAAUUCAAAAGAUAAUCAAAGUAAGGUACAGCGCCAAUUCGUGCGGAGAAGCCAUGUAUUAUGUUGUCACUCAAAAUGACGUUGGCUCAAAAUAAUAAUCUUGGAGAUAAUAUUUCAUAGAGUCCAACGCCUCUUUCCAAUUUAGCCAAUAUUUUGUUUUCAUGUCAGUCUACACACAAACUGUUAAUUUAAAACACCGAUUAAUAAAGAGUUGAAGAUGAAAUUAUACUAGA